UUGUUUAAUACCUAUUUGACUUUAAUAAGUGAUUGUUGUACCGCUUAAAGUGUCCCUCGUUGCGCCACUCCAAAUCACCGAUACUCCGGCUCUUCUGAUCCAAUCCAAUCCGAUCCGAUUCGAUUCUCGCCUCACACGGAUCAUCGGCUGCCGAGGGCUUCUGACGGCGGUGGGUCCAGCCAGUCCAGGUCUCCCCGUUUACUCCGUUGGCAGUACGCCAACGCCAGUUGGCACCUUUCGACGUGGAGUCGCUAAAACCACUCGAUCGCAGCGAUAUCGGGGCUGCCAGAGCGAGAGAGCCUGAAUGCUAGUGGCUAUUAGAGUGCCUGAGGAGCAAGCGAGAUAGGGCCACCACCAACGGACAAACGCUCUCUUUCCGCGGACAGAUUGUUAUUUUUUAGCCGUCGACGUUUUUAUGGCUUAUUGAAAUCGGCCAACGGCAGUCAAAAAGCGCGCGCUACGCCUGCCACAACUCCCAGACCCAGGCCCAGAUCCGAUCCGAGUUCUAUAUCUCCCAUGUGCAUAUAUCGUAAAAUGUAGCUCUCGAUCGAGUGCAGUUGACUAGUAAUAUCCCGAAUCGCCGCCUAAUUGCCGUCCCGUAGGCAGUGUACUCACCCACAUCAAUUAAAAAGUGAUCGCGGAUUAAAAACCCAUUCGAGUGCAAAUAAUUCGCCGACAAGUAGUUCAUUAAAUAAUUCAAUAAAUGUGAACCACCCGCAAUCCAAGUCCAAACAACCGACAACCCACAGCCCAGCACCCAGCACCCACCCCCUGCGACCAAUUUGUAGUAACAUUUUUUUUCUGUUCCGUUUCGGUUGCCGCGAUUUUCCGCCAUUUUGCACGACUUUCCCGACGGUUCAGAUUUUGCGCACGCGAGAGCCUUAAUUAUGAGCAAUUAUAAUCCGAAUUGCGGUUACUUCGAGGAUUGCGGCUACUACACGAACAACGUGUACCAACAGGAUUAUUGCAUGCAGCCGGAUUACGAGUACAACAAGCAUGUCUACGACUUGUUCGACGCGAAGGUGCCUUCGUCGCAACGCUCUGGCUUCCACAUAUCCGACAUCCUGAAUCUGGAGGGCUCCGAGCUGAAGAAUGCCGCCGCUGCAGCAGCUGCAGCCGCCCAUCAUGGCAGCGAUUUGAGUCACCACUCGGCCAGUGAAUCCACCAACGGACACGGCGGUCAGGGACCUCAUGCCACGCCCUCGGCGCUCUCACCCACUCCCGCCGGCGGCUCGGUGGACGAGCACCACAACGGCAGCGGGACAGGAGGGGCAGCCGGUGGAGCCGAUCACCACAACACCACCGAGCACCAUGCCCAGCAGCCGCCAAGCCAUCCACAGCAGCAGCACCCGCACCACCAGCAGCCGCAGCACCACCUGCAGCAGCAGCAUCACCCGCACCACCAGCAGGCGGUGGCCCCUCUCCCACUGGCCCACCAUCAGAACGGGGAUGCCCAGAGCCACGCCCACGCUAACGCAGCCGCCGCCGCUCACCUGCUGGCCAGCCACAAUGCUGCGGCUGCCGCAGCUGUGGCCGCCGGCCAAUACCUGCCCAAUCUGCCUAAGAACUUCCCGGGGAGCUUCGGGGACGAGAUGUCCUCGUACCACCACAUGGCCCAAACCAUGAUGCAGCACACGGGCAGGAGUGCGUGGAUCAAGGAGAACGAACUAUACGGAACCCAGCAGCCCGCCAGCCCGGACAGCACCUCCCCAGUGACCUCCGAGGUCUCGUACACGUACAUCGGGUCCAACUGCCAGACAUCCCCAGCCCUGUCCGGCGAUUACAAGAGCUACAGCCGAUCGGCGGACAGCGAUGCCUUGUCCGUGGGCGAUGCCCUGCACACCCUGCACGGAUCCUCGGCCAACGGCGGUGUCGGAGGUCCUUCGGCGGCACAUGCCCUGCACAACAACAACAACAAUACGACCAACAACAAUAACAACAGCCUGAAGCACGACGGGCUCAAUGGAGCCAGCAGUGGCCACGACGACAGCCUGAACGAGGAUGGCAUCGAGGAGGACAUCGACGAUGUGGACGAUGCCGAUGGCAGUGGUGGCGGCGGAGCCAACGGAUCCGACGGCCUGCCCAAUAAGAAGCGCAAGCGACGGGUCCUCUUCACCAAGGCCCAGACGUACGAGCUGGAACGCCGAUUCCGGCAGCAGCGGUACUUAAGUGCCCCGGAACGCGAGCACCUGGCCAGUCUGAUCCGCCUGACGCCGACGCAGGUGAAGAUCUGGUUCCAGAACCACCGUUACAAGACCAAGCGGGCGCAGAACGAGAAGGGCUACGAGGGCCAUCCGGGCUUGCUGCACGGUCAUGCCACCCAUCCGCAUCAUCCCAGCGCCCUGCCCUCACCGCGUCGCGUGGCCGUUCCCGUUCUGGUGAGGAACGGAAAGCCCUGCCUGGGCGAUGGUUCCAAGCUGGGUGCCGAUUGCGUCUCUGUCUCAUCAGCCACCGCCACCGCCAUGCAGAAUGCCGCUGCCGCCCAUCAUUUGGUGGCCCUUAAUGGAGCAGCCGCCUAUCAGCAUGCCGCCGCUGCGGCCGCCGGCCUACACGCCCACGCUCACGCCCAUGCCCAUGCUCAUGCCCACGGCCAUGGGCAUCCACACGCCCACGCCCAAAGGGCGGCGUGGUGGCCCUAAUAUUGCUAGGAUCUGAUCUUUACGGGCCUGAAGCCACUCGAAUAGGUGGACAGAUGAACCCAAGGUGCAAUAAAACAGAGACCAGGCCCCCAGAUCCCCGGAAAAGCCAAAAAAAUACAAAGCAUUGAUACUUUUAGAUCGCAACUACUUAUAGUCUCAUAGAUUCCACUUGAGUCAUUCCUGUACAUAAAAUAGACGGCAACUAUAUACAUAUACUAGCCCCAAGACCCGGGCUCGAGAGCCACAGGUCCACUUAGUCAGGGGUUAGCUCUAUCUAAACAUAAAACCCAUUCCUGAGUAGGGGAAAAAUGAUCGGCACAAGGGAAGGACUCCCAUUGAACCCAUUUCCACUGCACUAAAGUUGAUAAUACUUAUAAAACCUAGAACUAGACACGAUUUUUUUUUUUAUUUUUUUCUAGACCUAAGCUAAAACCCAAAGGAAAAUCUGUAAAUACUAAAAACAAAAAAAGGAAAACCAUAAACGGCAAUGCAACUAAACCUGUACUAUACAUACUAUUACUAUCAUAAUUAGUGUUCAAAUUUUUAGACAGAAUUGAAGGAACCUUUUUUUUUUGUAUGAUUAAAUAUAUAUUUAAUAUAGACACUUAGUCCUAACCGAUAUUUUUUUUCAUGUGUGUGCGUGUAUAGCGGUAAAGGAAAACUCUUUGAAUUUAUAGCAAGUAACGAGUUCAUGAAUGUUAACAACCACAGAGACGGCAGAAGGCAAGCGAAGCAGCACUACAACUGCGACUGCGACUGCGACUGCAACUGCAACUGCAAAUACAUUUUAGAGAUUUAAUAAAAUAAUUUAC